AUGGGAUCUCACGCUGAUCACGGUGGACCACAUCCAGAAGGGUAUCCUCCUGCUCAAGCCCGGAAUAGGAUGUGCAUAACUCAUCCAGAAGAGUUCAUUCAUGCCGUGGCUCCUGAGGUCACCGUGAGCCACAUAACCACCCCACUGUACAUCCCAUCAGUCGUGUGGUCCUUCUUCCCGCUGAACAGGCUGCUGAAUGUGGAAGCUGUCGUGAGUUCGCUUCCUGUGCUGGCCGCGCAGGUCACCGAGCUCGCAGAUGGCAUCUUUAUUGCGAUGUCGCUCAACCAUGGCGUCGCCGAUGGGGCUACAUUCUAG